CUUCUCUCUCUCACACAGUCACACACACACACACACUCAUUACUCAACCCUAGGUCCCAACUCCCAAGCACACACGCACCACCAAUCACCACCACCAGGCCACCACCAGUCCACCACGCACCCUACGCCACUCAGCCCGGGCCCCAGUCGCACCUCUGCCUCUUUAUCUCGGCUCCUCCUUUCUCUUUCAGUGGGUUACUGGGUAAGGUGAUCCAAAGACCCAAUAAGCACAUUUGCGCAUGAUUAAGCACUGCGUUGUCUUCCCAGAGCACACACCUACUCUCACUGGUUGCUUCAAUUCAACUCAUCGUCUUCAACCCUUCAUAAUCGCAAUUUGAGUGUCGGGUUUCUGGAAAAAUCAAAUCUUUUCAUUGUUUUUCAAGUCUUGGCGGCUCCAUAGAAAAAGGGUCUGCGUUUAAUCUUCGUCAUGGAGGCAUUUAAAAGGGCCAUAAUACAGCCUGGGCCACCUGAAAGUUUUGCUCUACAGACAGUGCAAGAAGUAAUAAAGCCUCAGAAACAAACUAAAUUGGCCCAAGAUGAGAACCAGCUCCUUGAAAACAUUCUACGGUUGCUACUUCAGGAAUUUGUGUCAGCAGCAGUACAGUCUGGGGAAAAAAUAAUGCAAUUUGGGCAAUCAAUUGAUACUGGUGAAACUUCCCAGGGCCAUAUUCCUCGCCUUCUUGAUAUAGUGCUUUAUCUUUGUGAGAAAGAACACAUUGAAGGUGGUAUGAUUUUUCAGCUGUUAGAAGACUUGACAGAAAUGUCUACAAUGAAAAACUGCAAAGAUAUUUUUGGUUAUAUUGAGAGUAAACAAGAUAUAUUGGGAAAGCAAGAACUUUUUGCUCGAGGAAAACUUGUGAUGUUGAGAACCUGCAAUCAGCUUCUUCGCCGGCUGUCAAAGGCAAAUGAUGUGGUCUUUUGCGGAAGAAUUCUCAUGUUUCUGGCUCACUUCUUUCCAUUAUCAGAGCGCUCAGCUUUAAAUAUCAAAGGAGUUUUUAACACAUCAAAUGUAACAAAAUAUGAAAAAGAACCCCUGGAAGGCAUAUGUAUUGAUUUCAAUUUUUAUGAGACAUUUUGGGGUUUACAGGAAUAUUUUUCUAAUCCUUCUUCUAUCAUUCAUGCUCCAGCAAAGUGGAAAAAAUUCACCUCCAGUUUGUCGGUUGUACUGAAUACCUUUGAAGCGCAACCUUUAAGUGAUGAAGAGGGAGAUGCUAACAAUUUGGAGGAAGAGACAGUUAACUUUAGUAUAAAAUAUCUCACAAGCAGUAAACUGAUGGGCCUAGAGUUGAAGGAUCCAAGUUUUCGCCGUCACGUUCUUGUGCAGUGUCUCAUAUUGUUUGAUUAUUUAAAGGCCCCUGGAAAAACCGACAAGGAUUCACCAUCUGAAAACAUGAAAGAAGAGAUUACAUCAUGUGAGGAACGAGUUAAAAAACUUCUUGAACUGACUCCACCCAAGGGGAAAGAGUUUCUUCACAAAAUUGAGCAUAUAUUGGAACGAGAAAAGAAUUGGGUGUGGUGGAAACGGGAUGGUUGCCUACCAUAUGAAAAACAACCUAUGGAGAAGAAAACAGUUUCAGAUGUGGCCAGGAAGCGUAAGCCAAGAUGGAGAAUGGGUAACAAAGAACUGUCUCAGUUGUGGAAGUGGGCAGAUCAAAAUCCGAAUGCUUUAACUGAUCCUCAGCGUGUUCAAACACCUUUGAUUAUGGAGUACUGGAAACCCUUAGCGGAAGAUAUGGAUCCUGCUGCUGGAAUAGAAGCUGAAUAUCACCACAAGAAUAACAGGGUUUAUUGUUGGAAAGGUCUUCGGCUUUCUGCACGACAGGACUUGGAGGGAUUUUCUAAGUUUACUGAUAAUGGCAUUGAAGGAGUUGUACCACUAGAACUUUUGCCAUCUGAUGUCCGAACUAAAUUCCAAUCUAAAUCUAAUGACAGAGGUAAACGUGCUAAAAAGGAAGAAGCAAAAGGCGCUGCCCAUCAAGUUGAGGAAAAUCAGGUUGCUACACCUGCAACUGAGAACGAUGGUGAAGGCAUUAGAACAGAUGCCGCAGCAACGCCUAUGGAAUUUGAUGCCGCAACUGUCCCUGACUUACAAGGUGGAACCCCAACACCUGAAGAACUUCAGAAGCAGAACUCAGACCCUGAUGGUCAGGAAGCGGGGCAACUGGAAGCAGAUGCUGAAGUUGAAGCUGGAAUCAUAGAUGGAGAGACUGAUGCAGAUGCUGAUUUAGAUGCAGUUGGCUAGGAGGAGGAGUAUGCAGAUCGACAUAUUAAGGAUGAUUAACAUUAGAGUGAAUGACAGCAUCCUCUUUUUGUUGACAAUGAUUGCUGCAACAUUCAUCACUUGAAACCAAACUACAUUGUGACUCACAUGUGACAAUUGAACUGUUAUAAACUUGGAAAUUAUUAUUAAUGGAUAUAAUAUUUAGUUCAA